AUGUUCUCAAUACCAUUCCUUUCUCCCUUCACGAAGGGUGGUGCGGCGAUGUUAUUGUCUGCAUUAUCGCUGCUAAACCCGGCCUUGGUCUUGGCCAACUCGGCUGCCGAUUAUUAUGUGCGCGCGUUACCAGGGGCACCGGAAGGCCCUUACCUGAAAAUGCAUGCUGGACACAUCGAGGUCGAUCCCGAGUCCAACGGCAACUUGUUCUUCUGGCAUUUCCAGAACCGCCAUAUCGCCAACCGACAGCGCACAGUGGUCUGGCUGAAUGGUGGCCCAGGAUGUAGCUCGAUGGAUGGCGCAUUGAUGGAAGUUGGGCCCUACCGACUGAAUGAGGACCAGACAUUGAAGUAUAAUGAAGGCCGGUGGGAUGAGUUUGCCAACCUGCUCUUCGUUGAUUCGCCCGUCGGUACUGGAUUCAGCUAUGCGAAUACCAAUAGCUAUGUCCAUGAGCUGGACGAGAUGGCGGCUCACUUCAUUACCUUCUUGGAAACAUUCUUCGAUUUGUUCCCCGAAUACGAGACCGAUGACCUCUAUUUCGCAGGUGAAUCAUAUGCCGGCCAGCAUAUUCCGUAUAUUGCAAAGGCUGUCCAAGAGCGUAACGAAGCCGUUGCGGCGAAGGGAGGCACGAAAUGGCCUGUGAAAGGCCUGCUGAUCGGAAACGGCUGGAUAUCCCCUGCAGACCAGUAUCCUUCCUACUUUAAAUUUGUCGAAAGAGAAGGUCUUGUCAAGCCGGGGACAGCUCUCCACCACAAUAUCAAUGCCCUCAACGAGGCCUGUCUCUCGAAGCUCGAAACCCCUGACGCGAAGAACAGGGUGGAUAUAGGCGCAUGCGAGUUGGUUUUGCAACAAUUCCUUGAUCUCACCACCGAGGACCAAAAGUGCUAUAACAUGUACGACGUCCGUCUCAAGGAUGAGGCCAAGUCUUGUGGCAUGAAUUGGCCCCCCGACCUCAAACAGAUUGAGCCGUAUCUCCAGCGCGCGGACGUCGUCGAAGCCCUGAACAUUAACCCAGCAAAGAAGUCUGGCUGGACAGAAUGCUCCGGCAUGGUUCACCAAGCCUUUACCGCGAAGAACUCCAUUCCCUCCGUCAAUUUGCUCCCGGGCCUGAUCGAAUCGGGAAUCAAUGUCUUGCUUUUUAGUGGCGACAAAGACUUGAUCUGCAAUCACAUUGGAACAGAAACUCUGAUCCACAACAUGAAAUGGAAGGGUGGCACCGGCUUCGAGACCUCCCCGGGUGUCUGGGCCCCACGCCAUGACUGGACUUUUGAAGAUGAGCCCGCUGGCAUUUACCAAUCUGCCCGCAACCUGACCUACGUGCUCUUUUACAACUCCAGCCACAUGGUCCCCUUCGACAAUCCCCGACAGAGUCGCGACAUGCUUGACCGCUUCAUGAACGUCGAUAUCGCCAGCAUUGGCGGCCAGCCUUCGGAUUCUCGUAUCGACGGCGAGAAAUUGCCGCAGACUGCCGUUGGCGGCCAGACUAAUAGCACCGCUCACGAGCAGAAUGAGAAGGAGAAGUUGAAGCAAACUGAAAUGCAUGCUUACACCAAGUCUGGCGAGGCUAUCCUCGUCGUUGUGAUCAUCGGUGUGACCAUUUGGGGCUUUUUCAUCUGGCGCAGUCGUCGUACUCGCACCCACAGGGGCUACAAGGGAGUCUCAAAUGAUGAAAUACUUGGAAAUACCUCCAUUCUCAAUAGAUUCCAGAGCAAGCAUUCUGGCCGUGAUGUUGAAGCUGGUGAUUUUGAUGAGUCUGAACUGGAUCAACUUCACUCUCCUGGCGUUGAGCAGGGGCAUUAUGCGGUUGGCGAGGCUAGUGAUGACGAGGAGAAUCAUCAUGAUACCUCGCAUCCGAAAACUGAUUCUUCCCGUGAGACUUCAUAA